AUGGACCGCUCCCGCUCGCGCUCCCCCUCCCGUGGCCGCUCUCGCACACGUUCGGUUUCACCACCACGCGGCGGCCGCUCCUUCUCUCCCCGAUCUCGCACACGCUCAAUUUCCCGAUCCCGCAGUAGGACCCACUCGCCCAGUCUGAGGUCUCGGUCUCCGACUAGGAGUAGGAGCAGGAGUGUCGGCAGCAGAAGGAGCUACACAAAGAGCCCCAGUCCGGGAUUCCAGAGCUCUAAGAUUGUCAUCGAGAAAUUGACAAAGAAUGUUACCGAAGCCCACAUCUCAGAGAUCUUUUCGGCAUACGGGGACAUCAAAACAGUAGACAUGCCUGUCAACCGUCAAUUCUUCACAAACCGUGGUCUCUGCUACCUCGUCUAUAACUCUCCCUCCUCCGCCCAGGCCUACUUCCGCGCCGCGCCGCAAUCUCUCCGCCUACUGGCCCGCCGCCCCGUCGCGGUGCCGGUAGCAAUCGCUUCCGUUCUCCUCCUCCCCCACGCCGCAGCGGGGGUGCCCCCAUCGCUUCCGCUCCUCCUCGCGCAUUCCCGCGCGGUGGUGACUCCUACCGGGGCGCCGCAGCUGGAGACUCCUACCGACCUCGAUCUAGAUCUAGAUCGCCAACGUACUCCAGCAGGAGCAGGAGCCGGAGCCCCUCGAGAAGCCGCUCUAGAAGCCCCUAUAGGAGACGCGGCGGCGACAGCGGGAGAGCAAGGAGUCGCGGAAGAGGUGGUGGUGGUGGUGGUGGUGGUGGUAGGGAUUAUAGUCCACCACCUAGGUCGGGUGGGAGAUAUACUGGUGGCGGCGGCGGCGGAGGAGGGGCAGCAAGAAGGAGAAGAAGUCCAAGCUACAGCUCGUACAGCACCAGAAGUGACUCCCGCAGCAGAAGCCCGAGAAGACGACGCAGCCGGAGCCGGAGCCCUAGGGUUAGGGGUGGAGGCGGAAGGAGACGCUAGAAGGGGGGCCAAUUUGUGA